GAGAGAAGUAGAAUGGUGUGGUGGUGUUUCUACUGUUUAUGGGCGGUUGCAUCGCUUACCAUAAGGCAAACGGCAAGCUCGUCUCGUUCGUUCAAAGCAAAAAAGAGUUACAUCACAAAGUCAGAUUUACAGUUACAUUAUUCAUGACAUGUCUGGUCACCGGAGAAAGUAAUAGAUAAUCUCGACUUUAAAUUCUAGCUUGCACGUAAAAUAGUUAAGAAAUUUAAAAGCUUAUCUAUGUUCUUUAUCGUAGUCUCGCAGCCCUGUCCACAAUACUCACGUACAUUCCCGCGGCACUCUGGACGCGUGUCGUAUUCCCUCGCCUUAUUCCAUUAGGCUGAACCUCCGUCUCACGUCGCCUACAUCAUUCAGUUAUGUGAACUACAAAGAAGUGCGCUAAAUACUUUUCUUUCUCUGUCACAUUUUAUUUAUCAGUUUUAUGUGUGUUAUCUAUAUUUAUGCCGUGGUACGUUUCUACUGUCUCCGUUGCAAGUAUUUCAUACAGAUUGUAUUUAAUUCGGCUAUCCGGAUCGUAGAUGUUUUAAAAACUUGGUCUCAACUGUAAUCUAACUGUAUGCCUCAGAUUAUAGUCGACGGCAUGACUUAGUGUUAUCUCUAUCCGCGUACAGAUGUACAUAUGCGACUUUCCAUAUUAGCAAUAAGCCGCGUCGUGAGGCAACAUUUGGCGCAUUUCGAAAACUUCAGUGUGUAAACGAGAAAGUGUGGUACAAGGAAGCGGUUUCGAUCCACGCGUGAUUACAAAUGGGUGAUCCGCAAAUAUUUGGGUUUGAGAUUGAUGGAUUGAACUUUGAAUUAGUAGGCUCUGUAUACUAUUGAACUACGUCGUCAUCAGAGUACAUGAUAGUGAAGUGCCAAUAUUAACUGUAACUGUGUGUAACUGGUUACAAACGUACUCGCUUACGAGAGAUCUACAAACUAAGUUCUUGAUACAAAACAUAACGUCAUUCAUUUCAGUGUAGGGUGACAUCUAUGUGACUGAUGUGGAAUUUUUUAUCCAUUGUCUGCUAAUCCCGCUUGUGCCGAAGAAAUCGCAAGGUGUACGCGUCCCCGAGCCGGCGCAAGAUGGACACCAAGGGCGAGGGCGAGGAGAUGACCUACCCGCACAUCUGCUUCAUGGUCGACAACUUCGACGAGGUGUUCUGCGACAUCGUGGUGCGUGACGGCGAGAUGGUGUGCGUGGAACUGGUCGCGAAAGGUCGCGGCUGCAACGCGCAGGCGGUCAUCUUCCUCGGCUCCAUUCGGUACGACACACUCACCAGGGUCUACGACUCCAGGCAAACAUCGUUGUCGACGAAGGUGGCGCAGCGCAUGUCGUUCGGGCUGCUGGGCGGCAAGGCGGCGGCGCGCUGCGAGUUCGUGCGCAUGAAGGGGCCGGGCGGCAAGGGGCACGCCGAGAUGGCGGUGUCGCGGCCGCGCGCCAGCGGCGCCGACACGCCCGCCUCCGAGCCCGGCCUCGCCGCCACCGACAUGUGGGACAGCGACUGGGAGGACGACCCCGAGGAGAUGUUCGUCUACAGGCACCAGCGCCGCCUGAGCGACCCGUCCGCGAACAUCAACACGUUCUCGCGCGGCGGGUGGCGCACGAAGGAGUCGCGCGACAAGAGCCGCUCCGAGAACGAGGGGCUCGACUCGCUGCUCAACGGCGUCGCCGAGGUCGAGGCGGGCGACCUGCGCGACGAGCGCCGGCGCUGGCAGGCUUCCUCCGCGCGGCGCUGCGACGUGUCGUCGCCCGCGUGCCUGCACACGCUGCCGCUGUGUCGCGCGCCCGCGCCCGCGCCCCUCCCCCUCGCGCCCCUCACGCCACUCGCGCCGCUCGCCGCCCGCAGCGGCGCGCGAGUGUCGCGCAACGCCGGCAACAAGGGCCGGCGCGCCGCUCGCGAGCGCCGCUGCGAGGUGGCGGGCGACGCGGUCGAGCUGGACGAACGCGACAUCCUGUUCGGCAACUGCAACGGCACCGUCAGCGACGCGGGCGCGCGCGCCACCGUGCGCGGCGCCGAGGAGCUGCCCUGCCGCCUGCCCGCGCUCGACGACCACAACGGCAACGACGGCGACGACGAGGCCGACAGCACCUCCGGCACCAGCGCGCGCGCCCGCCCGCCGCCCCGCGCCCGCCCGCCGCCCCGCGCGCGCCCGCCGCCGCGCCGCACCACGCCCGACGGCACCCACAUCUACUACUGGUGCGACGUGCCGCACGACCCCGCCGAGCUGGACGACGGCGCGUACAACCCGCUGUGGGCGAUGCGCGGGUUCACGCAGACGUUCCACCUGUGGAAGGAGGGCAAGCGGCAGCAGUCCACGCCACUCAACGCGUACCUCACGUACGUCACGCUGCCCUGGUGGACCAUCGCCAAAGACAUUCUUGACCACCGCGAGGAGCCCAUUUUGACUUUCUGAAUAACAACAUGGCAACACCCACACCACCACGAUAGUCUUUCCAGUGUUAUGUUUAAUUUUCUACGAGUCAUACAUAAAGGUUAUUAUAAUAUAACAUAUUAUGUUAUAGCAUAUUUCAUAGCAUAAGACGCCUUCACAUACCGGGUACCCUUAAUGGAUAAAUAAUUUUGAUGUAAUUUCUAAUCAAUAUAUGCUUGCCUUGAAGAAAUUUGUGUUUUUCGUAAAUACAAUCGACAAUGUGUCGUAAUGUUAGACUUUUUUUAGUAAUCCAGUACCAUUCAAGUGCAAUUCAAUUUUAGAAAAGAUUUUAGAAGUAAUAUGGAACAACCUGUUUGUUAAUAUUAAAAUGUCGACUAAUUAAAAGAGGUAUUUAAGUGGUUUUGAUAUCACCUUUAUGAGUGGUGGUUUACACUGGUGAUCACUCACCAUGUUACCUAUAGCUACCGUCAUUUUGUUAUUUAAAAAAACAAAUGUAAAAUAUAUUUUAAAUAAGUACAAAUAUCCACAUCUUCCACAGGAUGUUCUAUAUUAUUGAAGUGGUAUACAGAGUGAUGUAAAAUAUAUUGUGCGUGUAAAAGCAUACGUAACUCGAUGUAGUGAGGGUCUGCCGUUGCCUUAUGUUCUGUGCGGCGCGGUGUUCGCCGGUCGCUAGUCAUGUCCGCUCGUGUGGAUCUUAUUUCUAGUCAGAUACGUAUAAGUACCCACGAGUUAACAGAGUACCUACACUGUUGUGAUGUCAUUACUGUCAAUGUCAGCCAUAACCUUAAGUAUGAUUAGUGUAAUCUCGUAUUUAUUUUUAAUAUAAUAUUAAAAAAAUAGUGUUAACUGAAUAUGUAUGAAGUAAAAUAGAUAUAGCAAAUGAUAACCGUUUACCCAUGUUGAUUUGUGAAAGUGUAUACGCGGUCAUUUAAAUCGAUGAAAAUAAAUAAAAUUCAGCUUGAAUAUGGUGUUUGAUGGGAAAUUUUAAAUAUUUCAAUCAAGGAAGAUUGAUUUUAAAUGCGUCGAAAAAAUGGUAUAAAUUAAUAAUUAGAUAGAGGGACACAUGUCGAUACAGGGAAAGAGAUGUAAGAUGUGUAGAGACGUCACUGCCGUAACGAGGCGCAGGCACGUGUCCUUUCCACCACGCGAAUAUGCCUUUAUUUUACUACCCAUCAUAAUGAUGCUGUCAUCACAUAAAUAAAAAUAAUAAUAAUAUUUUUUAUUGUAAAAUAAUCAAUAUUAAAAAUAGACAAAUACCCAAUUUUUAACCAAUUAAAAUCAAUUAUUGUGUACCACAUAUAAGCAACCUCGAACAGGUCGAUUAUUUUCACAAGCGAUUCAUAAGAGAUAGAAUUGAAAGCGGAUUUAUUUGAUCUCGUUCGAUUACCAUUCCAAAGAUAGUGAACAAAUUAAAGCGUGUUAGAUGUAAAGAGUGAUUGAUAUUAUUAAUUAUUUAUCGAUAACUUUUGUUUUAUUUAUACUUUCUCUAGUAUUGAUGUCAUUCAUUUAUUAUACUCUAAACGGCACGCCAUUGUUGCUAAUUUUUGGGCAGUCCGCUCUUUAGUCCUGAAAUGGGAUGAUCGUCGUUUUAUGGGAUAUCCCAUUACAGGAGUUGAGCCUGUGUCCGAGCAAAGACCAACGUCAUGGGAAUGUUUUAGACACUAUGUACUAGAUCUGAAAAAUGUCUCCUUUACUGACGUGCUGACAAAAAUAUAAAGCGUGACGUACGGUCGAAAUUUGAUUACAAUAUUUCCUAAAUUAAAAUCAAAAUUAAAAUAAUUAAGGUCCGUAAAAAUAUGUAACCUUGAGACACUAUAUUCUCAUUCUAUUCCAGUAUGUAAUCUGUUUCGACUGUGCGGUGAACAAUCAUGUUACAAAUAAUUUAAAUACAUUCCCACUUAUCGAUAAAUGUUAUAAUUCACUGUUUUGACAAAUUAUACCUUAAAGAAUUGUUACACUAUGUUCAAGUAAAUGUCAUUCGUCAGUUAAAUUAUUAACCAGGUGAUGUAAACUGAUAAUAAUUUAUUUGGAAUCACAGGAGCUAGCGUGACUUUUGUAUUUGGCUGUUUUAUAUUACAUAGAAAAGAAAAACCGGCGCUAACUGUCUGCUUCACUCAGUUUACGAAUAAGACAGUAAAUGAUGAAUGUACUUUCUUGUUUACAAUUUAUUUGGGAACUUAACUUACGUUUCUGGUUGUUUUAUUCAAUAUUCGAUUAUUAACGUUAACUCUGACAUUAUACAAGUCCUAACUCAAAUAAUAUUUGUGAGUCAAAACAGUCAUUAUAAUGUUUAUAGAUAAGUCCAAAACCUAGUCAUUAGUUAGGCCUAACUGUAAGACAAAUGUAAACCUAUAUCCAUAAGUAACAAAGAACGCGCGAACCUCAGCUCCAACAGAAGAAUACGUUAUUUUUGUAUGUUCCGUUCUUGUAACCAAGUCUAGUGCAUUGCAAUAAUCAUUGAGUCUGAAUGAACAAUGUGUAACAGAUAAGCAUAAUGCAUGAGGAAGUUGGUAUCCUGUGUGGCAAAGGCGUGGUGGUGAGCAAUUCCUGAGGCCCAUUAGCUGUAAACUGCCGACAUAUAAUUGCUAUAUUUUCAAUACUAAGCCAUGUGUAGCCUGCUUUAGUUAGCAAAGAUCCUCGAAGGGCAAAAUAUUUUUAUACAUCACUACUUUUGUUGACUCUUUUUUUUUAUAACAGCUCUAUUGUAUGAUUGUUGCAAUGUACUAAACUAUAACAUAGUAGCGACAUAUAUUGUCACGGUAGUUUCAUAUUUGUAUGAUUUGACUGAAUAUAAUUAUUGCAAGUAA